CCAAAUUCUCCAGUUUCCAUCUACAACACAAUCAAAAUCACUCAUCCAUGGCGAUUUCUCAAGCUCAGCCUCUGCUUCUUCUCCUCAUAUCACUCUUCUUCUUACCUUCUUUACACGCCACUUCUUUCUCCUACUGCGAUAAGAGGCUCGAUCCGGUGAAGGUGACGGGUAUCAAGAUCUCUCCUGACCCUGUUGUGAGUGGUAAAGCCGCAACAUUUAAGAUCUUGGGUUCUACUGGCGAAGACAUAUCUGGAGGAGAAGUAGUGAUCAGCGUUUAUUUAUUCGGGAUUCCUGUCCAUACGGAAACUCAUGACCUCUGCGAUGAGACAGCCUGUCCGGUUGCAUCAGGCAACUUUGUGCUUUCUCAUUCCCAAACCCUCCCUUCAAUUACACCGCCUGGCACUUACACGCUAAAGAUGACGAUAAGAGACAAGAAUGGCGGAAGACUAACGUGCAUCAAAUUCAAAUUCAAGAUCGAAUUAAGUUCCUCGGUCUUUGCUAGUUAAGUUUUAUGGUGUAGAUAUGUUGCCGUGUUUGUGAAUGUAUCUCUCUCGUUUACUUUUGUGGUGUCCAAAUAAAGAAUCUACUUUUUUGAGACUUGAGUUGAUCUACAAUUAAACA